AUGUGCCUGAAGAUACCUUGCGUGCUGCUGCAGCUCCACUGCCUCAAGGUUUCUUAUUGCUGGAAGCUGCGAGUGAUAGAGAGCAAAGCUCGAAAUCUCUUCAGUUUUAUCCUUAUAGGAGAGAGGGUCGAAGUCUCACUUGGAGAAACAAUGCAAGUGAAGAAUCUGUGCAUGAGCCGUGCAGGCCUCGUCUGUUAUGCCCGCACGGAAUUGCCAUCCAAUAUGCCGAACCUUGAAACUCUUUCCAUUCGUUCGCAUCGUGAGAGGGUCAAUACACCAAUGCUGCCUACGAAAUUCCUUUUCCUCAAGCGCCUGGCUAUUACUCUGAAAUGUUGCCCAUCCUAUGAUUAUUUUUCUCUUGUAUCUUUUCUUGAUGGCUCUCCUUCCUUGGAGACUUGGUUGUUGGAUGUAGGUCAGGAAAGUAUGGAUCAUCAUGUAUCUAUUUUUGGAGGCUCAUCAUCACAGCUGAGGCAGAUACCCGAACAGCGCCUCAAGAGUGUGAAGAUCAAAGGUUUCAGCUCUGCUAAGAGCUUGGUUGAGCUAACAUGCUAUAUUCUCAAGAACGCGAAGUCACUUGAUUGCCUUACACUGGACACCACUUAUGGUGAUCCCAAGUGUGAUACUGGAAUGUCUGGCGGCAGGGCCUAG